UCAGUUGAUCACCUACCUCAGCCUCCCUAAUUGCUGGGAUUACAGGCGUGAGCCACUGUGCCCAUCCGUCUAUGGUAUUUUUCAAGGACAUCAGGCCCACUGAUGUGACCAAGGUACAGAUGAUCUAAGGUAUGGGAAAACAUGAGAGCUGCAUGCCAGGCCCUGGCCCCUGUGAAGCCCCCACCCUCAUCCUGUCACUCCGGAAGAGGGGCACUGCAGGCAUAGGGGUACUCAGCUUCCAGGUAAUGAGGUGGGCUGAGAAGGGGUUCUCUCCACGGGGGUCUGGGCGUUAGGGGGGACCCAGCCCCACCUUGCUCACUUGGAAGCAGAGCUGCUCCAUGUCCCCCUUGAGGCAGGUACUGUCACACUACAUUUCCCGAGGGAAGAAACGGAUCAAGAAAAGUUAAACUCGCCCAGGGCCGGGGAUGGAAUCAGAGCUGGAGCUGUGACCUGGAAGCUCAUAACCGCAAUACAGAUGAGCCCCGCUGAGGUGGGGGAAGCCUUGGAUUCCUGAAUCCCAGGCUAGAGACCCUACAAGAGAAAUCGGGAAGGGCGCGUGGAGGUGAAACAGCUCCGACUGGGAAGAAUCCAGGUAGUAGUGGGGAGGGGGAGGUACUUUGAGCAGGCAAAACAGAACAAGAGGGCACACUGCAGGGGGGUCUGACACCCGAAGACCCCGGUCGUCCUAUCAUUCCCGAAGGGUUAACACGCUCUCGAAGAAAAGGAAGUGAUUCGCCUGAGUAAGAAAGAAUGGGGUGGCGCCUCUCCUGUUUUUUUAAAAUAGAGGUAGGGUCGCGCUAUAUUGCCCGGGCUGGCCUCGAACUCCUGGCUUCAAGCAAUACCCUUCCCAAUUCCGCCUCCUAAAAGGCUGGCAUUACAGCCCGGAGCCCGGCCCAGCGCCCCGCCUCAAAACAAGAUAUUACUUAUGCUCCAAACAAAGAUAGGCCAGAGAACCGGAGCAGGCGAAACAUCCGCCCGGAAGGCCACUUGAAGGCACUUCCGCCCUCUCUUAACAUGGCGCCGGCGGAAGGGGCGGGGUAGGGCCAAGCGAUAAUGGCGGCGUCGAGGCUGGAGCUUAACCUGGUGCGGCUGCUAUCCCGCUGCGAGGCGAUGGCAGCGGAGAAACGGGACCCGGACGAGUGGCGCCUGGAGAAGUACGUGGGAGCCCUGGAGGACAUGUUGCAGGCCCUGAAGGUCCACGCGAGCAAACCGGCCUCUGAGGUGAUCAAUGAAUAUUCCUGGAAGGUGGAUUUUCUGAAGGGGAUGCUGCAAGCCGAGAAGCUGACCUCCUCCUCAGAGAAAGCACUGGCCAACCAGUUCCUGGCCCCUGGCCGUGUGCCAACCACAGCCAGAGAGCGAGUGCCCGCCACAAAGACGGUGCAUCUGCAGUCACGGGCGCGGUACACCAGCGAGAUGCGGAGUGAGCUACUAGGCACGGACUCUGCAGAGCCUGAGAUGGACGUGAGGAAGAGAACCGGAGUGGCAGGGUCCCAGCCAGUGAGUGAGAAGCAGUCGGCAGCUGAGCUAGACCUCGUCCUGCAGCGACAUCAGAAUCUCCAGGAAAAGCUGGCAGAAGAGAUGCUAGGACUGGCCCGGAGCCUCAAGACCAAUACGCUGGCCGCCCAGAGUGUCAUCAAGAAGGACAACCAGACCCUGUCACACUCACUGAAAAUGGCAGACCAGAACCUGGAGAAGCUGAAGACAGAGUCAGAGCGGCUGGAGCAGCACACGCAGAAGUCAGUCAACUGGCUGCUCUGGGCCAUGCUCAUUAUCGUCUGCUUCAUCUUCAUUAGCAUGAUCCUCUUCAUUCGAAUCAUGCCCAAACUCAAAUAAAGACCCCCGCCCACCU